AUGACCGUCAGUUCUAUGACUGACAAGUAUCAUAAUGGUGUGGACCUCAGUCUUCGGAUUGUCAAAUAUCACAGUGGUGCUACCCUCUGCUUAAGGACCUUUCAGCAUCAUGAUGGUAUGAACCCCAGCCUAAAGACCAGCCAGUACUCUCAUGGCAUGAGCCCCUGGCCUGUGACUUUUCAGGACACUGAUAGCACAAAUUUCCCUUAGGUUCUAUGAUAAUGUAUAAUGAUGGUGUAGUUCUCUGCCAUAUCCAGUAACAUGGUGGUGCCUUCCUGAACUUGGGGCCAUCCGGUAUCUUGAUGUUACGAGGCUUGGGCCAAGGAACUUAUUGUGUCAAAAUGCCUACCCCAUCGACUCAUAUCAUGAUAAUGUGGAUAAUGCCCUACCUUCAGAUCAUAUGGUAAACUUUAGGCAUAACCCUUUAACUUAUGCCUUGGACAGUAUAUGACUUUCAGCCUUACAAAUGUGUGAUAUCAUAAUGGUAAACUAUUUUCACGAAGGACUACCUAGCAUCAUGAUGGGACACUGUGCCAUGGGACAAUCCAGUUGCAUCAAACUGCUGCCAAAGGACUGUCCAGUAUCAUGUUGGUAAAAUCCAAGGACUGAGGAUUGUCCAUUGCUAUUAUGCCAUCACCCUUUGCCUAAGGACUAUUGAACACCAUGAUGAGAUGACCCUCAGCCUUGUGACCAUCUUGUAAUAUGAUGGAAUGACUUUUUGCAGUUGGACAUUGAGCCUUGGGACUUUUUAAAAAAAAUUCUAUGGCACCACCCUUUUCGUAACAACUGGGAUCCUACAGUAAGUGUGUGGCAUAACCCUCAGACUCAUAACUUAACAUCCUGAUGACGCUAGCUACUUCCUCCUCACUGACCGUCUGCAUGAUGCUACAUUAUUACUUUUUUAAACUGUUAAAUGUCUCAUGGACUUAUGGCUUUAAUUCAAUGACUCUCCAGCAUCAUAAUGACUUGACCACAUACCGUGGAACAAUCCCAAGGCUUGAAAAUGCUGCUGAUGGAUUAUCCUGUUUCGUGAUGGUAUGACCCAAAGCUUGAGGUUUUUUCAUUGUUAUUAUGCCAUUACCACUUACUAAGGGACCACCAGAUAUCAUUAUAAAAAUGACUCACAGCCCAGUGACUGUCUUGUAUUAUGAUAUCAUAACUUUUUGCAGUUAAAUAGACAUGAGGCCUUGGGACUUUAGAGAGUCUCAAAGGUGUCACCCUCUUGGGAACAACCAAAAUCAUCAUGGCCUAAUUUAUGAUUGACAAGGAUCAUGACGCUACUCGGCUUUGCCUUGUAAUUGGUUAGCAACAUUAUGUUUUACCCCUAUCCUUUGGACUGACCAGUAUCAUGGUAAUGUUAGUUUCAGCCUGAUAAAGGUAUGGUAUCAUGAAAGACAACUUUUCUACUCAAGAAUUACUGGCAUCAUGAUAAUGUGAUCCUUUACAAUGGGAUAAUCUAGUGUUGAAACAGGAUAACCCUGUGUCCUAGUACCUACUUAUAUUAUUAUGUAUUAAACUUUUGCUCAAGGAUCAUCCAGUAUCAUGUUGGUAUGACCCAUAGCAUAAGGAUUGUCCGGUUUCACAAUACUAUUACCAUUUGCCCAAAGACUGCUAAGUGUCAAGAUGAAAUGACCCUCAGCCUUGUGCCGGGCUUGUAUCAUGAUAGCUUGACUUUCAGCCACAGGAAAGCCCCCCCAGGCUUUCCAGUGAGACAAUAGUUGGACUGUCUUAGGGAUGGGAUGACUGGUAUCAUGGUGGUCUUGCCCCCUACUUUGGUAUUCUUAAGAAGCCAUUGGCAUGACCCUCCAGUUUUCAGUGGUACAACCUUUAUCCUUGGGAUUACAGUUUCAUGAUGGUAUGAUUCUCAGGCACAAGACAGCCCCUCAGACUUAAGACUUUCUAAUAUCACAAUGGGGCUUUUGUCUUACUUAUAUCCUGAAGGUUUGACCCCUUGCCGUAGGAUCUGAUUGUCAAUGUUAAGCAUGACCCUCUAGCUUGUGACUGAUCAGUACCACUGUAAAAUAUCCUCUGUCUCUUGGGAUUGUCAAGGUUGAAGAUGUUAUGAUUUCAGCUGGGGUAUCUGCCUCGGUCAUGAGUAUGGCAAAGAGGGGAGACAACAAGUUAGUCUGUCUUAGUGGAUGGGUCACAUAACAGCUCAUGGAUCAUUUCAAGUGAAGGUGAUUGGUCCCACAUUGAAAAACUGGACACAGUGUGUAAGAAUGUGAGUAUAUGACUUUUAAAACGAAUGACAGUUUCUGGUUAAAAUUUUUGUGUCAUUUUUCAACCCGCUCCUAAAAAAUGUUUUCUUGAAAUAAAAAAAAGAAUAAAAGAGCAAGAUCAUUGCACAUAUAUCCCAUUGCAUUACUUUAUUUAGGGCUAAUAGUAAUUUAUAAGCCAAAGUGAUGUUUGUGCCUUUGCAUCGACAGGCCACAACAUAAAUUCUUUUAAUAUUCUUGUUUUAAUAAGCCAACAGACUGUUGACAUUAUUAGCACCAUCACUGUCAGUGAUAACAGCAAGGUCUCUGUUGAGUCUCCCAUGCUUUUAUAGUUCAUGUUUCGUACAGUUUUGGUCAACAUUGAGGGGUUUUGCGGAAUUAUGUGAGAAGACUCUAAUGUAAUGUAAUGUAAUGCUAGCUAGCACCUCUAUGGACAGUAUUAGCUUAUGCUAAAAUAACACCAUGCUUGCAUCACCUAAACAGAUGGGAUUCAACCUUUGGGGAAAAACACAUUCUACAUUUGGUUCAAAAUUCAGGCAAAAUUGAGACAGUUGGACCAAAGUGGUGAAUUGUUUAUACCAAUACUGUCAUCCAUGCUAGCCAUGCUCGCUGUGCUUGGUAUGCUGAGAACCUGCAGAUACAGAGUAAGUUAAAAGCCCUUUAUACAUCGUGUGGUCUAUGGGAUUUUAAUUUUAUUUCGCACAAUAUUGCACAUGAUUACACAAAAUGACAGUUUUGUCUGGGUGGCAGACAAGACUUUUUUUAUUCAGCUCAAAAUGAUGAUAAUCUUUUACAUGUGAAAAAAAAUCUGCCCGGAUGAAUUACUGUGAUGCUAACUUCUCUCUUUAUAUAGUUUCUAUUUACAAUAACUGAUGAAAAAAAUGCUUAUAUAUACAUUCACAUGUAUCUUCUCCUUUUUGAAAUGCACUUUAUGGGAAAGAAGCCGGUGGAAAGGCCAAACUGCGUAUAAUUUCAUUUUUGUAGUUUUUAAAUAACAUGGUUUUUAUUUACUGCAUAUGUGCAGCAAAGCUUGUACACUUAUCUGUCAAUAGUGUUCAGUAUUUUUGUAUAAUAAAAUAUUUUAGUAAAGGUUGUCUAGGUGGUGGUUUCUCGUGUGUUAUCAGGUUUGUUUCUCCUCUAUCAACUGUUGAAAAAUAAAUACUGUCUACCUGAGAUUCCCUUUACAAAACUUAGCUGACAGCAUGUGGUGGUUUUGGUAAAAUAAGUCAGUUGUGUAUGUACUUUAUUACAUCUUACGGCUUUACAGUUGACAGCAUGAUGCUAUUACUUAGUAUAUUAUUCCACAGGCUAAAAUCAUCCAAUAUUUGUUUAAUUAAGCUGCAUAAUAACAUCUAACUUGAUGUGCCCUAAAACAGAACGUUUGACUAUAAAUCAGUUGAUUUGUAAAUGUCUUUUAUUAUUUGUCAAAAACAACAUUUUCUUUUUCAUUUACUAAAGCAGCCAUCCAUCUGGAGAUACAUGAGUCAGUAAUUUAGUGUCUGAAACAUUUCUGUGCACUAAAGCAGCCAUGAUAAAUAAAUGAUUAUAAAAAACUAUCAUUUAUGCAUUAAAGUUUGGAAACAAAACAGGCACAAUAUAAUAUACUGCCAAUGGUUAAGCCCACUUACUCUUUUUUGCCUGUGCACUUUUAGAGUCCAGAAAGAAAAGUUAGCUGUUUUCCCAAAAGGAGUCAAAACUGCAGCAGCACUUCAGUUAUAUGUAAGAAGCGGUAGAAAAUGGAUGGAUGGAUGGAUGGAUAAUGACCCUUGUGGAGGCUAAAAGACAAAAUAUGUUGCUCUCAGGAUAACAUUGUUCCUAAAGGAAACAAUAAUUGUUGGACAGAAAGAAAAAAAAAAAACUAAUCAAACACCCUUUCCAUUUUGAUUCUACUUACCAUUCUAUUUUAUUCCCUCAAUAUAUGUCUGGAUAGUUGUAGUAUUGCAAAAUUACAUUCUAACAUCUUACUUUACACACAUAUUUGUUGCAUAAGCUCAGACACUGGGAGGGCUCAAAGCUGAGAUCAGUAUUGCUUUGCUUCCCUCUUGUGGUCAGAGUUUGAACUAAGAUAGUAAUGGUUGGCUGAAUCUGUUGUCUGUAGCUCAGCAGAGGUGAUUUGAGUAUGGAUGAGAACGUUAGUGGCCUUUAAAUGAAAGCAAAGCAAGUUUAUUCCAUUUUCAGUAUGUUUCAAAUCACUUUGGUCUUUAACAAGUGUAAAAAAAUAAAAAAUAUGUUAUCUGUUAGGCGUAAAGCUUCCAAACAAACCUGUAAACAACAUGUGUGAAAGCCAUAUUCUGUGAAAUUAGCAUAACUUUAUAAGUUUUUACUGCAAUAUGUAUGUUUUUUUUUUUUUUUAUCAUAAUAGUUUUAUAAGCAUUAAACAUUUGCAAGGGUUAUUCAACCCCCUUAAACACCCACCCCCACAUGUCUUUGCUUAUGAUAAAAAUGACAAUAACAAAAGACUGAGAAACAGACAAAAAGUAACACAAUUAUAAAUAAAAACACAAAUUAUGUAUUCUUCUUCAAAAUACAGGUAGAAGUCAAAAGAAGAGGGAAAAUGAAGCAAUAUGAGUAGAUAUAUAAAAAAAUACUGUGCCAAUAGUUUAUUUGGAAUAAUGUUAAAAGAACUGGUUAUACUCGGUCGCCUUCAGUCAGAAUAUUCCCCUGAGCACCGGUAUGUAUUUGAAAUUACAUACACACAAUCUUCACGAUAUAUAACCAUGAAAGCAAUGGUUUUGUGCCCUUUUGUCUUCUCUUCCCUUGUCCUCGUUUGCCCUGACUUCAGAUCUCACAUGCUCGAGUAUAAUUUUGUCCCUCUGCGGCUUCAGUAGAUUCUCUUCCGGUAAAGCGAAGCAGCUGAAUUGUGUUAGCGGUUUCUGUGAAGGUCGUGGUCCAACUUGUAAGUAUCAUUUCAAAUGUAACCACUUUAACUCAAAUAUUGGAUUUAAUUCCUAUCACUGUGCCAAUUUUGAUUCCCAACGACUUCUUGAAUUGUUAUAAUCGAGCUUAAAUGACGCCUCUUUCCGCUCAAAUCUGCGACAGUUUAGCGGUUAGCCUAUCAUGCUGCUGUUAUCCUAUAUUAGCUUGAUGCUAACUUAACGCGACUGCUCUCUUUAGAUGUUUUUCUGAGUUUUACUCAGAUCCUACGCGUACAGUGAACUUUACUGAAACGUUGAGUUAAUAUAUGUUAAGGUAAAGUAACUCUAGUCAUUUAAAAGACACUGAAACUCAGCUAGAUGAAGCUUUCCUGGUGUUAUUUAUGACAUUGUCCUACUUUAACCUCACAGUUCCGAUAAACUAUUUACAUUACACAGAUUUUUCCCUUUGUUUUCUUGUUGUUACAUCUCAGAAGUGUUUAGAUAAUAAACAUAAGACAUGUUUUCUAUGCCAGUGUAAUGAGGGACACGUUUGUUGGUAGAUUACCGAUCUCACGACGAGGUCAUCGGUAGUUUCCGUGUUGUGUAUACCUGACUCCGUGACAGUGUUUAAUGGCGAUCCUCCGACAGAGACUCACUGAUCAGCUGAUCACUUUAUAUUUAGGCUGAUAUUACCAAAUAUCACCACGAAUCAUUACUUAUGAGGUAGGAGGUUAAAAAGAGAAAAUAUUGGAAACUCAUCCCACGGUGAGAGAAACUGAAAGCACGCGUUUCUGUGAUUGAGAAGAAUAUACUACAGGAUAGAAUCACCAAACACCACUAUAUUUAGUAAGAAAUAAGAGAAUCAGGUUACUAAUGUUGCAAUGUUCUACUACUGAGCACUGUUAAGUUUGUUCUUCAGCUUUAAAACACCAGAUUUCACAUGCUUCUUGGAGUGUAUGAAAACUUUCCAAAAGUUCUGUAUGGCCUGUCUUUGUUGUAUCGUUGUAUGUGUGCAGUUUUCGUGUAUGCACAGAUUUGGUAGCAGGAAGAUGUUAAAAGGACGAUAUCUGCCGUGUGGAAACACCAAAAACUGACCGUAAAAUCUUCAUUGUUGUCCUUUUCAAAGUGUCCCCAGCAGUUGUUAACCUCUGUGGAAAAAUAACACAUGACAUGGAGUUUCUUGCUUGGUAUCUGAAAUCAUCUUGACAUCAAUUAGAAAAGACAGCACACAUAAAACUCCCAAAGUCAAGGGAGUAUUCUUGUUUUUUUGUGUGAGGUUGGCUCCAUCUUACCUCUCUGAGCUUCUCCACCCCUACACCUCUGCUCAAACUGAAGCUCAGAGGGGAUAGAUCUUUUUCCUGUUGCAGCCCCAAAACUAUAGAACGAGUUGCCAUUUCAAAUCAGAUAAGCCCCCACACUGUCCAUUUUUAAAACGUGUCUUAAAGCCCGAUUUUAUUCAUUGGCUUUCAACCCUGCAUUAGACUCGGCUCCUGUUUAAGUGUUUUAUGGUUUGUUUUUAGUUAUUUGUUUCAAUGUUUUUAAAUUAGUUUUUAAAAACAUUGAAACUAUAUUUUACUUUAUAAUAUCUGCUUUUAUUUUAUCGAUCGUUUAAAUUGUUUUUUGAUUGUUUUUUAAUGUCUGCAUUGUUUUGUCUAUUUAUGUACAGCACUUUGUUCAGCUGUGGUUGUUUUAAAGUACUUUACAAAUGAAGUUGGGGGAUCUCAUCAGCUGAGUAGAUCCCACAAGUGUGCAGUUUAGUCAGAUUCUUUAUAUUUCCCUCCCUCUGCAGGUUAUCCACCAUGUCUCUGCCAAAGCCUGUGAUGAGGGGACUGCUGGGAAGGCGUCUGAGGUUUCACCUGCCCAUCGCUUUCACCCUGUCCCUUAUAUCUGCAGUAGCUUUCAAGGUAAGUGGACAACACACAGUCACAUAUCUUCACUUCACCCAGAUAUGAUAAACCUCAAGUGAUGGUCAUAGACUACAGUCAUUGCUGUAGUGUUUUAGCCAUUUGUGCAAAUUAGUUAAAAAUGACCUUACUUUGCAUACAUAAUCCUGCCAUGACAAAUCUUUUGAUUCUGAUGUCUUUUAUAUUUGAACUUGUAUGCGUACUGUCAAUCCUCAAAUAAGUGUAAGAGCUGUUAUCUCUCAUAAGAGAUAGUAUUUAAUUCGUGUCUGGCCCCCAGUAACUGCCAGCCUGUCAUUGUCCAGGCCUGUGCUCUUUGAUCCUGACACAGUUUUGUCCAAUAUACUACACAGUUAACUGGAUGGAGAGGAAGAGUCUUUAUUGUUUAAUUAAGGAACUGUUUCAUGACAGAUGUGACCGAAAUUCCGUUUUUUACAGAUUCCUUUAUGGAGCAAGCUAACAAAUAGCUAUCCAUUAUUUGUGAAGGCACAAUAAGUAUGCGUUGAAGUACAAUUAUGUGUAUAAAGAUAAGUAAUAUCAAAGUCAUAUCAAUAGACCGAAAGAUGACUGGAGAGUUUGAGCCUGACAUCUCUCAUAAAUAGUGUAGCACCAUUAGCAACAACUCUCAGCAGACGGUGAACAUUUCACUCCAGCUGUUUGUGUCUGUUAGCACUGGAGUUAGUGAACUCACAGAGGAAUUCACUAAUGUUGUGUUCACCCUGGGCGUGUAUUAAACCAUUAAUCAGCAGGAGGUGUUUCCUUCAUGCCAUGUCAGGCGGUUUACAUCAAACUUGGUCCAGCUUGUCUACAGUUUUUAGAUUUGUUGUGUUUCACAACUUGCCUGACCUCCUCACUCACUUUCCUCCAAAAAAGCUACUUUUUAUUCCUUUUUCUAUAAUAAAGAACAAGUCUGGUUAAACCAUCAAGUUUGUCAUUUCCAUGCUGAUUGGCUUUCAUGAUGUGACUUUAGAUUUUUUUCAACGUGCCGCAAAUUCACAACAUCCUAAGUUGAACAUCCCUGAAAGCUCAGAGUUCAAGAGUUGUGGGGUACCUGAAGUUUACAGAAAUGAUGGAGUCCAUGGAAUCCAGUUUCAUAUAAAUAUAAUGGGUUAUAAUGAACCUGACAGGGUCUGAAGUUAGGAGCUUAGUUUUCAAAUAUUAGUGAGAGCACAGCUUACAAUGUCAUUUGAUGACAAUUGACCAGGUGUGAGACCAAAAGGAGCUGCAGAGAGGUGAUCUUUUGUUUUGUUUUUGUGCAUGGUCUCUCAUCACAAAGGAAUUAUUUUAUUUCUCGGUUUUGUCAUAGAGCGCAGAACAAUGAUUGAUUUUUUGGCAUACAUGUAUUUUCCCCAUUUGUUUCCACCUUUAACGCCAAGCCUUUAAUUUACACAACUUCAUGACAGGAAGGCAGCGAAAUAGAAAAGUUUGUACCGCUCACUUCCUGAAGCAAGUUAGCAAAUAACAGCAGCUUCAGAUGAAAAGGAAACCAACGCUCUGCUGUGUAUAAUGGUGCAGCCAGUUCAUGCAUGGAAGUUGAGCCACAGAGAGCCUCAGACUAAUCUAACCCUUUAUAAUUAGGGUUUUAAUCAAGUUUUGAUGCAGAGUCUGCCGACCAGGAGAAUUAGCCACUGAACACUAAUGAAGAAGAAGCCACAUGGAGUGUGUGUGUGCAUUUCAACCCACAGUGGCAGUGGUCAAAAUUUUAGCUUAACUUUGGCAGGAUAAUAAAGCGUUGUCUCAGUGCAACAUUUUCAACACAGUUAUAUUAUGCAAAGGAGGACACGACCGACAUGAUCAAACACCCCCGGAUUCAUGGGGUAGAAAUAACCGAGUGCCCUGCCUUUGACGCGCUGUGACGGUCUUCCUCUGACCAGUCAGAAACAGAUAAGGAAAACAAUAAAUUCCGUAUGUCUGCUGCUAACAUUGAGGCAGCAAACAAAUUGUACUGUAUACAGCGGGUCAACUUAAAUAUCCAACUAACCCUAGCCUGUAUAGUUCUUCAUAGACAAACGACCUGACAAAGACUGAUAUUUAUAUACUGGUUGAAAAUAGCUUAGUGAGAAAUUCAUUGUACAAUUCAUAAAAAGUUAAUAAAAUUUAAAAAGUCAUGGAGAAGUUCAGACAUUUCAUCCAAAAAGAGCUCUGGUUAGCGCCCUCACUUAAACUAGAUUACUGUAUAAAUGGCGUGAAUGAAGUACUUUCUAAAGUUGUGAAUAUUUUAUGUAACAAAAGCCCAAAACACAUGUAUUUUCUCCGACUGAUGAAUGUUUUAAAAUACAUUCAAAUGAAGGAUAUUCCGUGACUUUUCUGUGAACUUGUCUGGUCACUGUCAUAUUUCAUGACCAUUCAGCAGUCUUCGAAGUAUUAAAGAAGUGUCUCUGGUUUGUACUCUCAUGGAAAACAGAAAAAUUUAACUCAGAGCCUGACUGGGGUGUGUGUGUAUCUUUUCCUUCCUCAGUACGGGGUGACAGAGCCCAGGAAACAGGCCUACGCUGACUUCUACAAGCAGUACGACUCGGUCAAGGAGUUCAACACCAUGAAAGAAGCCGGCAUCUUUGAGAGCGUGCGGCCGUCUGGGGAGUAA